AGACAGAGAGAGGAAGAGAGAGAGAGAGAGAGAGAGACCGACCUAAGCUAGAGGAAAACCGAAAUGAUGGUCAGGAUCUACUAAGAAGAGGCGUCUGGGCAAGAAUACCUUCAUUCAGUCAGUACCUGAGUAGACUUCAGUGACUAAAUUAGGAACUGAAUGGGAGCCAGUGGGCUUCCAAGGGUUCCCCAAUCAGAAAAAGGAUGGAUCUGUGGGUUCCUGUGCCAGGGCUGGGUCUUGGCUUAAAAUAGGACACAGCUCAUUGAGAAGGAAGCUGGAUAUUCGUGCAUAACAAGCUGGACUCAUCAGAGCUGCUCUUUUCAAGAAAGACACCAAUUCUGGAAACAAAGUCAGACAAAAUCAAGGUGACCUCAGAGUGUCUGAAUGAGGAGGCUGGGCUCCCUGAGAUGAUCACUUCUCAUUCUGAUGACCCUUCAGAAUCUCAUUGAUGAUCUUACCCUACAACAAGCUUCAAACUUAUCUUUCUUUUCUUCUCUCCAGCCAAGGGAAGUAAGGAAAGCCAUGAGUAGCUCAUAUUUCCCUGCUCGGACAGUGCUAUUUGAGAGGGAGAAAGGUGGCGUGACCUAUAGGAUACCUGCCCUGCUCUAUAUCCCCAAGAGGGCCACUCUGCUGGCCUUUGCAGAGGAGAGGCUCAGCCCUGAUGACUCUCAUGCAAAUGUGCUGGUCCUGAGAAGGGGGGCCUUCUACAGGACAUAUGUGGAGUGGGGAAGCAUGCGAGUUGUGGAGACAGCAUCUCUGGAAGAGCAUCGGUCCAUGAACCCUUGCCCUGUGUAUGAUGAGCUCACCGGCACUGUCUUCCUCUUCUUCAUCGCGGUGUUGGGCAACACCCCAGAAUCCUUUCAGAUCAUGACUGGCAAGAAUGCAGCCCGACUUUGUUGUGUGACCAGUUCAGAUGGGGGCCUCACCUGGAGUGCUGUCACUGACCUGACAGAACAAGUCAUUGGCUCUGUUAUAGAAGACUGGGCUACCUUUGCCUUGGGCCCUGGCCAUGGCAUCCAGCUGAGGUCAGGACGUCUCCUUGUUCCUGCUUACACUUACCACAUCGACUGCAAGGAGUGCUUUGGGAAAAUCUGCAAGACCACCCCUCACUCCUUCACCUUCUACAGUGAUGACCAUGGUCAGAGCUGGCAAUUUGGGGAUUUCAUCCCCAACUUGAAAACUGGGGAGUGCCAGCUGGUAUCCGUGUAUGAGGAAGAUGGCAGCAGUAUUCUUUAUUGCAAUGCCAGGAGUCCCCUGGGCUGCCGCGUACAGGCGCUCAGCAUGGAUGAUGGGGCUGCUUUUCUCCCAGGACAGCGGGUCCGGAAGUUAGUGGAGAGCAACCGUGGUUGCCAUGGCAGCAUUGUUGGGUUCCCAGCUCCUCUCAUUAGGAACUCCUCUCAAUUUCUGUCACAAGGGGAGAGAUGGUUUGUUGGUGGCUGUGACUAUUUCUAUCUCCUACAAAAGCUUCAUAGACUUCAGAAACACGAAGCAAAGAGUGUUAGAAGUAUCCCAGUCACCUCUGUAAAAAAGGCAUCCCAAUGCCACCCACAACAGAAGAUCUCCGAAGAAUCUCUGAUCUCUGUGAGUGAUAGUGAUUCAGGCCAGAGUGCCCCAGGACCUGUCUCUCCACCUUUCACCUCAUUUCAGACACCUACUUGGGUAUUAUAUUCCCACCCCACAAGUCACAGGUCUCGGGUAAAUAUGGGAGUCUACCUUAGCACUUUUCCCAGAAAUGCCGACAGCUGGACUGAGCCCUGGGUGAUUUAUGAAGGGCCCAGUGCAUACUCUGAUCUGGCAGUGAUGGAGCUACCCUUUUCAGAUCCGUCAACACCAGGGAUUCCAGCCAUCACUUUUGCCUGCCUCUAUGAAAGUGGAGCCAGGCAUGCAUACGAAGAGAUCUCUUUUUGUCUAUUCACGCUCUCUGAAGUUAUUGAGAAUAUACCCACAGCGGUUAGCCCACUGAGUCAGAGUUGUCAAGCAGGAAGCAAGGACCAUUGGAAAAGCUGUGUGACCUCCUGAAUAUUAUUCUCUCGUUGUCCUGGAGGGGAGGCCACCAAGAUAGCUUUGUAUGUGUAGUACGGUCUCCAGAGAAGACCUACAGAAAUACCCUGACACCACAGAAUGGCUCUUGUCAUUUUAUAAUACACCAUCAAUUUUCAGUGGACAUUCAUUGAAGGUGGAACAUGGUCAAACAUACUUUAAUGUUUUAAACUCACAUUUUAUUUUGUUUGAUGGCUUUAAAACAAAUAUGGGGCUAGCUCCUUUAAGAAUCUGGGUGGUACCUUUUACCUGAAGGAGGAUCCCUUAAUGAAAGAAUUAGGCUGGUUAUAUUCUUAUUUUAUUUUAUUUUAUUUUGAUUCUGAAUGGAGGACUUUAUUUUCUGCCUAAAUUCAUUCCUAAAUAUUUUCCCUUAUGAUUUUUAUUUCUCCUUUGAAUCAUUCUGAAGGUUUCCAUCAUCUUUGUAUAGUACGUAGUAUUUUGUCUUUCAUCAGGCACUCUCCCUUCAGUUGGUAAUAUUUGCUGAUUGUACUUGGCAUUCUCUUUGUGUUUUUAUGCAUUUUUCCUUCUGCUGUUUUAGUACCCUGCCUCUUGGUUUAUCUGCCGGCAUCCUGAGCCUUUUUCUUUUGAUAUCUCUACUAUUCUUCUUCUUGUAUUCUCUAUCCCUCACUCUCUGGCUCCUCUACUUUCAUUGGCCCUGGACACUGGGCUACUAGGCUGCAGAACUGCCUUAAUCCUCCUUAGAAGGGGGCUACUUGGUUCACCUGCCUGGGUCCCUGCCCAGAGUAACUGGUGUGUCGGACUGAUCUGAGCUCAGUUUCCGCUCACCUUUCUCUUAGGCUCAGCCCAUUUGCCUAUGCUGGUUCCUUUCAGACUACCUGAUUCUUCCCUUCAUUCUUUUCUUUUCCUUUGUAUGACUGGACAGAAUCAACCACUUCUUUAGGUCUAGGGGUUGAAGGGCUAGGAGUUUUUGGGCACAGACCCUGCAGUUUUGGGGGGUCCCUACCUCAGGCUGGGCUCCUGGCACAAGCCUGAGACUGCUUAUGUUGGCUGCCAAGGGCUAGUGGAGGUGGGUGGUGCCUUACUUAGUAAGCAAUGAAGGUAGUAAAGUUGUGGUUAAUUAACAGGAUUUUUAGCUUGACCGUCAUGGUUCUUUUGUCUAAUCUUGUAAUUAAGCUCUAGAGAUUCCAUAGACAAUUCACAAUUUCAUUGUUUGGAAGCUGAAGCAUUAAUUAUUAAUCCAUCAUUUUCCUGGUCAUGUGUCUCAUUCCUGAAUGAGUUAAUCAGGAGUAAUUGAGGGGGAGAAACAAUGACCUUAAAUGCACCCAUGUUUGGAUUUCAGGGGCACCUGCAAUGAAGAGACCUAGGACUAGGAGCUAUGAAUUAAAGGAGAAAAACUUAAAAAAAAAGGAUUUGUGUAUUUCGGACUCAGUGAAGAGCAGAGAUUAGAAUAUCACAGAAGAAAUUAAUAUCUGUAUUUUAAACACUACGUAUGUAUGAAUGAGGCCAUAAGCCAAAGAAGUAAAUAUUUAAAGAAACCCAGAAGCUAAACGGAUGACAUGACCACAGGAAUGCUUUCUCUUUUAACACUUGCAAUUGUUUCUUAUCCAACAUGGAGCCUGGUGGCCAUUGUCUCCUGAUCCUCAGGACAUGUCCUUCUUUUCUUGAUGAGGUCAGUGCCUGGCUCAUAGUCUUCUUCUCUACCCUAAAUCCUGCCAUCAUCCUUGGGGACUUUGACAUACAUGUUGAUGGGCCCUCAAAUACUUACUUUUUCACUUUGUCAACCUCAUCAUCUCCCAAGUGCUCCUCCUGUGAGAUAUACAAGUCUGGUCAUAAGUGUGAUUCUGCCUUCACCUACUUCUCCCUUCAAGAACACUAAAAUUCCUCUACGCAGCCAUAGUUCCUAUAAUUCCAUCUCUCCUUAUGCCUGAUUACUUAAUUUUCUUUCUUUCUUUCGUUCUUUCUUUCUUUCUUUCUUUCUUUCUUUCUU